GCAGGCACUCAUGGCGGGCUGAGUCCUACCCCAUGCCCUGGUGGCUUGGAAGCCUGCACGCGCUAUGCAAAGCCCAACGUUUUCCAGAGAGGCUUUUGGGCUCAUCACUGGCCUGGGGAGGGCUAGACAUGGGGUCCCCACAGCUUGCCCCACACCACCUUCACACCCACACCCAGCACGUCCCCGUGGGGCCUGGGCAGGCUGUGGCCGCCUGCGCUACGCUGUUGCUCUGUCCCAGCUGGCUGGCUCCGGGUGUGGAACACUCUGGGCCUGUGCCGCUGGGGCGCGCACAGUGGGGUGACCGGCGGCCUGGCUGCAGAAACGUUGCACCCGCGCCUGAGGUGGGAGGACGUGAUGACGCGCCCCACGCAGCGGGAACCCAGGCCUUUAAAAAGCCCAGGAAACAGCCUCAGCACAAGCGGUGGCUCCACUGGAGGAAAGCACACCCCAGUCUCGCAUUAAAGAAGCCAAACUGUCGGCUUCAAAGAGAAAAGGCAACAUCCUGUCACAGGCCAUGCUCUGGCAAAAACCCACAGCUCCGGAACAAGCCCCGGCCCCGGCCCGGCCAUACCAGGGCGUCCGCGUGAAGGAGCCAGUGAAGGAACUGCUGAGGAGGAAGCGAGGCCAUGCCAGCAGCGGGACAGCACCUGCACCUACGGCGGUUGUGCUGCCCCAUCAGCCCCUGGCGACCUACACCACAGUGGGUCCUUCCUGCCUGGACAUGGAGGUCUCUGCAUCUGCAGUGACGGAGGAGGGUGCCCUGUGUGCUGGCUGGCUCUCCCAGCCCACCCCGGCCACCCUCCAGCCCCUGGCCCCAUGGACACCUUACACCGAGUAUGUGCCCCAUGAAGCUGUCAGCUGUCCUUACUCAGCUGACAUGUAUGUGCAGCCCGUGUGCCCCAGCUACACGGUGGUGGGGCCUUCCUCAGUGUUGACCUAUGCCUCUCCGCCACUCAUCACCAAUGUCACGACAAGAAGCUCCGCCACACCCACAGUGGGGCCCCCGCUGGAGGGCCCAGAGCACCAGGCACCCCUCACCUAUUUCCCGUGGCCUCAGCCCCUUUCCACGCUACCCACCUCCACCCUGCAGUAUCAGCCUCCGGCCCCAGCCCUGCCCGGGCCCCAGUUUGUCCAGCUCCCCAUCUCUAUCCCUGAGCCAGUCCUUCAGGAGAUGGAAGACCCCAGGAGAGCCUCCAGCUCACUGACCAUCGACAAGCUGCUUUUGGAGGAAGAGGAUAGCGACGCCUACGCACUCAACCACACUCUCUCUGUGGAAGGCUUUUAGGGGUGGCUCCCACCUGAGUCCUGUUCCCUGAAACUGGGAUUUUAAAAUGAGCCUGGAAUUGAGCCCCAGGUUCAUGCCUGUUUGGAGUAGCUAUAUUAUAACUACACUUUCUACCCACAGCUAGACUUGUAGACCUGUAAACCUUCCUUCCCUUCUUCCUUCCCCUCCCUCCCUCACUUCCUCCCUCUUCCCCUCUCGUUCCCUUCUUCCCCUCCCUCCCUCUCUCCCUUCCUUCCUUUUUCUCCCUUUCCUUUUUCCUUUCCCUGCCUCCCUCGCUUCUUCUCUCUUUCUUAUUUCUUUUUCGAUUCUGUUCUAUUUUGGGAGGUAAUCAUAGGGAUUUUUAGUGAUAAUAUUUUAUGUCAAAUGUUGCCAAGUCUGUGGUCCAGGGGCUUUCAUUUCUGUCACAUUUCAUUUCUUGCAAAAGGCCCCCCUUCUCCAGUGCCUGCAGACCCGUCUUAGGGCCACUGACACCCUCUGUCAUUUUGAGCUGUAUGCAGUGGCCGGUGGGAAGACCAGCCCUGGCAGCACCUCCCAAGAAAGGCAGCCAAGGGCCCACCCUGAUGCCACAGUCCUUGAGCUGUCAGUUCCCACAGUUGCUCCUUUGUUUGCUCUUCUCAGCACUGGCCAGAUUUAUAGUCUGGGCAGCAAAAUCUCAAGGCCUGGGGCUCAGAGUAGUGAGGGGUGGGGAGAGGGUGGGGGAGAAAAAAGAACAUCAGGGUGGGUGGGGACAGGCCAGUGAUGGAGAGAGGGGCAGAGGAGGGAUGGGAACACGCUGUGCAUUUUAGUUGGCGAGAGGGGUGUGGGAGGAAGCUUGAGUUUGAUGCAGGGAGGAAGAAGGCUGAGGCAUGACUUGGCUCCUGAUUACCUGGUUAUUAAGAAGAACAAUAAACUGAAGGAAAGCAUUGCUUGAAGAGGUGGUUUUACUGCUCUCCUUGAGGAUACGUGCAAGGGAAGCUGGGCUGUGGUAAACAUGGUGGAGGAUGUGUUUGGCCAUUUCUUUCUGAACUCUAGGCCCUCUGCUGGUACUGAGGAGGCCAAGACCCCAUGAAGCCUAAAGGUGAUAGGUCCUUGAUUAGCCUUAGUGCUACCAUGUGGGUUUCUUUUUCAUUUGAGAUGGAGUCUCACUCUGUUACCCAGGCUGGAGUACAAUGGCAUAAUCUUGGCUCAUUGCAACCUCUGCCUCCGAGGUUCAAGUGAUUCUCCUGCCUCCCCAGUAGCUGGGAUUACAGGCAUGCACCACCGCACCCAGCUAAUUUUUGUAUUUUUAGUAGAGACAAGGUUUCACCAUGUUGGCCGGGCUGAUCUCAAACUCCUGACCUCGUGAUCUGCACGCCUCAGCCUCACAAAGUGCUGGGAUUACAGGCAUGAGUCACCGUGCCCAGCCUUUUACCAUGUGGGUUUCUUUAGUGUCUUAAAAGAUUCCAUAAGUCUCCAUUCUGUAAAGCCAAGGCCUCCUCCAUCCAAACACCCUCCCUCCUGCGGACUUCUAGAGUCUCAGCCAGAAGUACUGUUAGGUUUAAUUUUAAUUUAGUUUUAUUUUUUUGGCUGAAGAAACAUCAGGUUUGUAAGAGGCUGAGUUGUUAGCAGGGAUACUUAGCCCCUGACAGUGAACCUCUGCCUUGGGAGCUGGCACGUCCACCUGCUAAUAGCACCAUUGCCACUAUCAAGCAGACACUUCAGUUGGUAGAAUUCACAUAGAAGUCAUGAACUUUUCUGGGGAAUGACUUUUCUGGGAAACGACAGUUUCUUUGACACAUUUUCUUUGCCCAUUUUAAAUAAAAGCUCUGGAGAAAGUU